CCACAGCGCGUUCCUGAUGUAGCGAGAGAAAUCAGGACGCAGUUGUAUGAAGAACAGAAAGAACUGUCAGAUUUGAGUUUACAUAUUUAGAGAAAUUUCAAUUGUUUGAGUUUAUCCCCUAUUCUCCGGAGCGGUAAAGUUUGGCAGCCAAGUCUAGAAAUCCAGCCUCCUUCGCAGUAUGCCUGAGCCUGCUGAGCUGCUGCUCAUCAAGGACCAGUAUGAGUUGGCGUUUCAUUGCCUGAGCCAUGGUCUGGCAGCUGAAGAGGCUGGGAGAAGGAUGGAGGCAUUGGAGUAUUACAGGAAGGGCCGGCAGCACCUUACCCAAGGCCUGGAAGUUCCCACUGGUGGAGAGAGGCAUGAGGGGGCCUCGUGGGACACAGCCCGGCAGCUCCAGCACAAGAUGAGGGACACCCUGAGGACCGUCAGCACACACCUCACUGACCUGGAGACAUCUGAGUUGACAACAGAAGGCCAGAGGUGCCGAGUGUUGAUGGAGCUACCUCCCCAUCUUUAUCCAAGUCUUCGGCUUCCCAGUAGCUCCCUCCACCAUCUCUACCCCACCGUACCUGCUACCAUCCAGACCCCAGUCCCAGCCCCGGCCCCAGUCAGGCCUCCUCUACCCAACACAUCCCUCCCUUCAGAGGCUCCAGCAGCUGCAGUCCCCUCUCUACCUCCCCAGACACCACUGCCACAGGCUCUGCCUGCAGACCAGCCUCCAGCCUACACACCCCAGCCCACAGAGGGCCACCACAGCUUGGCUUACAGUCCUGCAGAGGGAAGGGGCAUGGACUGGCGGGAGCAGAUCAGAGCAGCAGCAGCAGGAGGAAAUGGAGAGGAGCUGCUGUUCAUUCCCUCUGGGGUGCAGAUGUUUUUUGUGACACCAGAGGGGCAGGUCAGCUCUCUGUUUUAUCCAGGCUACCUGCGCAUCAUCACAUUUGGUGAUCAACGCAAGGAUGCGGAUGCUGGAAGACAUUCAGCAUUUCUACAUGUGUGUGACUGGCUGUACCCGCUGACGCCAGACACUCCAGUGCUGUUGGCUAACUCUGGGAUCUUCAUGUUCCCGGACACCAAUGCGGAGACCCCGGGGUCCUACGUGGGCAUAGUGCUGUCGUCUGAACUGCCUGCUGCCGACCGCGAGAUGUUUCAGGAUUUACUCUCGCAGCUCGCUGAACUCAGGGUCCAGGCUCCAGCAGAGGGAGCAGGGUCAGAGGUAAUCAACCUGAGUGAGAAAGUCCCUCUUGGUCCCCCGGGGGAGGAACCUGGACCCAGCGUGGCAACAGGAGGGAAGGAGAAGCCACCACUUCCUGAGUGGAGUGAGAAGAUGGCCCAAGGCAUCCUGUCAGGUGCCACACGGUUUAGUCAAGGAUUUGUAAAAGGAGCAGAGGCCACAGGCAGGGCGAUCCACAGAGGGGCGUCGAAGCUGCGGGACCACAUCACCCCCGAGAACACACCCUCAGAGGUCAGCCCCCGCGUCACCAAAGGUCUCCAUGUGGCUAGACAGGCCACCGGGGGCGCUGUGCGGGUCAGCCAGUUCCUGGUGAAUGGAGUGAGUACAGUGGCAGUGUGUGUGGGGGAGAAGCUGGCACCCCACGUGAAGAAACACGGUGCCAAGCUGAUCCCAGAGUCUAUGAAGAAGAGCAAAGAUGGCCGUGCCUCCAACCUGGACGGAGCCAAGUUGGUGGCAGCCAGCAGCGUACAAGGUCUCUCCACUAUAUGGACUGGCCUGGAGACAGGAGCUAAAAAUGUUGGCAAAAGCGUUGCUUCAGAGACUGUCACAACUGUGACUUACAAGUAUGGUGAUGAUGCAGGCAAAGCCACAGACACUGCUCUCCAGUCAGUGGUCAAUAUUGGUGUGACGGCCUACAACUUUGAUAAUCUGGGCAUCAAAGCCAUCCUGAAGACCACAGGCGCGAAGACGGCCAAGGCCAUGGUGAAAGACGGUAACGCAGAGAACGGACAACCAUCCCAGACCGGGAAGACAGAGACGAAGAAAGAAGAGGAGGAAGAGAAGAAGAAAUAGAUAACAGGACAUUAAUGUAUUGGUUAAGUGGUUUUCUUUGGAGUUUAUAGAUAAAGUCGACCUCCUCAUUUCCAGAUGUGAAAAAAAUGGGCAUAUGUAGCUUAUUGAUAGGCUGUUCAUUUCCAAAGAGGAUUUUUUUUUUACAUCAUUUACUUAUUUAUAACAAACAGAGGAAGGGAGCAAAAACAUUUAACGUGCAUGUCAAAUCUUAAGAUUAAUUGUUUUAUUUCAACUGUUGUGAAAAGUUAUUUAUAUUUCAUUUUAUUCCAGUGUUGCAAUUUGGGAUGUAUUUUAAUAUUACUACCACGCACUUUUAUGUAUUUAUAUGAAGGCAUUCCUAUCUCGAGACACCUUACUGCUAUCUGUUCUGUGUAACCUGACAACAUGACGA